UCUGUAUAAAACUGUUUUGGAAAAACUGGCUUCUCAAACCUGUUUUGAUUUGCAGAGGAGAAAUGUUCCAGUGAAGCCUCCAGACGAAGUGAAGGCUGGGGACUCGCUGGGCGACGGCAGCUCCGUCCUGGACUUCAUGUCGAUGAAGUCCUACUCUGACGCCUCUUUGGACAUCUCCAUGCUCGGCUCUCUGGGGAAAGUGAAGAAGGAGCUGGAUGCUGACGACAGCCACUUGAACUUGGAUGAGACAGCGAAGCUCCUGCAGGAUCUGCACGAGGCACAGGCAGAGCGCGGGGGCUCCCGGCCGUCCUCUAACCUCAGCUCUCUGUCCAACACCUCCCCCUCCGACAGGGACCAGCACCACCUGGGAAGUCCUCGCCUCAGUGUUGGGGAGCAGCCGGAGGUGACCCAUGACCCGUACGAAUUCCUUCAGUCUCCAGAGCCUGCAGCUUCUACGAAGAGCUAGCCUUGUAGUCUUCCAUUAUUUUUUAAAUUUUUUUAUCUGCAUGUACAGAGUUUUUGUCUUGAGACAAAGACUUUCCUUUUGUCCCCUUUGGCGAGCGGGAAGCAGCCCCGGGGAGGUGGUGAGUUGUGUCUGAUAUCAUGUCGGCCGUGCUCAGAUCCAGCGUUUCUGUGCACAGCCCUGUGAAUCCUGAAUAGUGGAGAUCACACAGAACGGUGUGUGGCCGAUGUGGUCGAGUCGGUGUGUGUCUGAGCUUUGCGCUGUCUGUAAAGCCCAUCCGCGCGGCUGGCCUGGACACACCUUCCUGCCCCAGCGCCCUUCCUGAGAGCCCCUUGGGAAGCAGACGUACCCAUGGCAGGGUUCCUGCCUGUUCUCUGCCCUGCCUGCCCCCCACACCCCUGCGUCUCCGAGGGAGGUCAUGGGGGGCUGCACCCUCCUGGCCCGGGACAGGCUCCGUGCUCCUGUUUCCUGUGCUGGUCAAGGCCUGCCUUCUGCUGGAAGACCACAUUGCCUCCCAGCCACCGCCACGUGCUGUGUCUGGAGACCUUUCUGUCCCGAUGUGUUUACUGGAUGCCUGUUUACAUUUGCGAAACAGAGAUCUCAAUAAAAACACAGAGUGAUUGCGUGUAA